AUGGCAUCCGAAGCACCCCUUAGAAACUGGCAAGACCUCGUCACCGCCAAACGCCAUGAAUGCGAGCAGAAGAUUCCCCAGGACUGGUUUCUGAGUGCAGACCAGCUGGCGCUCGCGCAGGAAACCCCGCGUCUACUGGAUAUUGGUAUUCCUCGUCAGAGUGGUCUGCUCUCCGAGGUCGAAUUGGAUCUAACGGAAAAUUACACCGCAAGUCAGCUAUUGGUUAAGUUGACGUCGGGACAGGUCAGUUCGUUGGCUGUUACAACGGCGUUUUCUAAGAGGGCGGCUAUUGCACAGCAGGUUGUCUCCUGUCUCACGGAGACCUUCUUCCCCCAGGCACUGGAGCGUGCUAAGUACCUAGAUGAAUACCUCCAGCGGGAGGGCAAGCCCAUUGGUCCCCUACAUGGUCUGCCGAUCAGCAUGAAAGACACUUUCUGUGUCGAGGGCGUGCAGUCCACAAUAGGAUAUGUGGCAUUUCUCAAGAACGAACCCGCAAAGACGAACUCAGCGCUAGUGAAGAUGCUGCUGCAGCUUGGCGCGGUGUUAUACGUGAAGACCAACAUUCCCCAGACAAUGAUGACAGCAGACUCGGAGAAUAACAUCUUCGGCCGCACCCUCAACCCACACAAGACAACCCUAACAGCAGGCGGAUCCAGCGGCGGCGAGGGCGCACUAGUAGCAUUCCGGGGAUCGAUUUUGGGCGUGGGGACCGACAUCGCCGGCUCGAUUCGCAUCCCCGCGCUAUGCUGUGGCGUGUACGGCUUUAAGCCAACAGCCAACCGUAUCCCCUUCGGCGGACAGGUCUCCGGCGCCGAGGAGGGGAUCCCAACACUUGUCCCAACGGCUGGUCCGCUGGCACAUAGCAUCGCCGAUCUCAAGCUGCUGAUGAGAUCUGUCGUCGCCGACGGCCAGGCGUGGAAGUAUGACUCUGCUGCCGUCGCUGUCCCGUGGCAAACUACGCCGUCUGGUAUCGACGUCAGCGGAAGCCUGACUAUCGGCGUGCUUGCUGAGGAUGAGCAUUUCCCGCUCCAUCCGCCUGUGAAGAGGGCUCUAGAGCGGGCCGUUGAGGCGUUGAAGCGCAGAGGACAUCGUAUUGUCCGAAUUGGUGCUGAUGACGAAGCACAGAGUGUGGCAUAUGCGUCGUGUGUUGCGUUUCAGUAUUUUACCUAUGGCCCGCACAAGGAUCUUCUUGCGGCCAGUGGCGAGCCCGCUGUGACUUCAGUUGCUAAGGCUGUGGGGCCGAUGUCCUCUGGCCCGUACCCUGUCCAGCAAGGUCUAGGACCGUUUGAGACUAUCCAGGCAUUGCAUGUAGCCCGCCAGCGGAUCCAUGAUAUCUGGAGGCGGACAUGGGUGGAUCAGAAGCUUGAUGUGAUUCUGGCUCCUGGAGCCCAGAAUACAGCUGUGGGCCAUGACACGUAUGGAUGGCCUCCUUAUACUGUGAUAUGGAAUAUGUUGGAUUAUCCCGUAUGCAUUAUUCCAUUUGGAAAAGCGUCCAAAGAGCUUGAUCCCGAGCCUAUGACAACAGGUGAUAAUGCGCAGCCGGACUAUCACGCCGAUGAGGUAGAUGGCGCCCCAUGUGCUAUCCAGAUCAUCACGCCACGUUUCCAGGAUGAGAAGUGCCUGUGGGCGGCGGAUGUCAUUGACCGGGUAUUGGCCGUUUAUGAAAAGGAAUAA